GGCCACACUGACACGCUGUCAUUUAAUUAUUAAAUGUCAAAAUAACGUAGAAUUCAGAAGAGAAAACAAAACGAUUGUGAUAAAAACCUGUGAAUGGCUGCUAUUGAGAAAGUUAAAGUUGUUGUCCUUGGCGAUUCUGGUGUUGGAAAGACAUCUCUUACAUAUUUAAUUGCUCACAAUAAACCCCUACUUUCACCUGGAUGGACAGUGGGGUGUUCUCUAGAAGUUAAAUUGCACAGAUACAAAGAAGGAACUCAAGCUCAGAACACAUUUUUUGUUGAACUAUGGGAUGUUGGUGGAUCAAACAAUCACAGAAACACAAGAAAUGUAUUUUAUCAGCCCACACAUGGUAUAGUCCUAGUACAUGAUUUAACAAACAGAAAAAGCCAAGUAAAUCUUCAAAAAUGGUUGUCAGAGAUAUUGAAUCAAGACAUUUCAAACCCCACAUUCCAGCAUGUUGAUGUUGAUCCAGAACAGUUCUUGGGUUCCACUCAGAUACCAAUACUAGUCAUUGGGACGAAGUUUGAUUUAGCUGAAGAAAAACAAAGGAAAAAUCAGUAUAGGAGGCUUGCAAGUAGCAUUGCAGAGCAAUGCGGAGCUGAUGAAAUAUUUGUCAAUUGCUUUCAGCCUAGAUCUUUGGCACCGGGUACAAGUAACUCUGUCAAGCUAACAAGAUUUUUUGACAAGGUGAUUGAGCGAAGGUAUUAUUCGGGAAUUAGUCCGUUUACAGACAAAAGGCGUCCUAUACCACCGUACCUAAUGGCUGCAUCCACACCUCUGUCAAAGAAGAAACCAGAAAACUAUAUGAGUCCCCGGUUCUAUCAUAUGGAUUAAUUAAGUAGUUUUACUCAAUUAGGUACUGUUAUAACAGUAUAUUCACAGUUUCACACCAAUGCAUUGCUAUACAGCAUGUUCAUAAAAAGAUUCUUACAAUAAAUCAAGCAGAUAAUAUUUUUGUAUCUAUAUUUGAUAUCUAAUAUAUAUUGGGUAGGUCUGAGAAUCGGACACCAUCUAUUUUUCAUCCCCCUAAAUGUUAGGGGUGGUCCACGCUAAAUUUUAUUUGAACUUUUUUGACAUUUUUUUUUAAAUUUGUUUGAUUAUGAUUCAACAUUAAAAAAUACAUACAACUCAAAUUUUCCCCCAUCUACGAUCAACAGUUACUUUUGUAUCGUCAUUUUAAUAUCGGCAAUACAGUGUUUGCUGGGUCAGCUAGUAAUAUAUAUAUUUGAUCAAAGAAAUUCUGUUAUAUUUUAUUGUAUAAAAUAAGAUUAAAAAUUGCUGUUGUGGACUGGCAACAACACCCGGUGAAUGUUAUGAAGCUGCAUCAGUUCCUAAAGCUUUGACAUGGGGAGAAGAACUAAUAAGAAACUCCCAGCACAUUACUUACAUCAUAGAACAACUUCGCCUAUUUAAUAUUAUACAAUUUUAGGUGGCCUCUGCAGUACCGGACUAGAACCAUGCAUUAUUAUCUGAAAAAUCUGCUAUACUAUAGUAAGCCUUUCAUGUCAAAGGAAGUUUAAUAUAUUUUUUAAAUUUGUGGUCAGUGAGUCCUACUGUCUGGUAUUUUGUUGUAUAAUUUAAUACCAAAACCUAAAAAGGGUCUUUAACCCUAGUAGCUAACCUAUUUACUAUAUACACGGCACGUACAGUUUUCAACCUUCUUAAAUUUCCUCCAAGUACGUCAAUUCAUCAUCUCGCGCCUUCUAUUUUCUGCUCUCCAUUCAGGUAUUCCACAUGCUACUAUUCGCAACUUCUUGGGAUUUGAUCAGAUUUCGGAUACAAUCUUUACGCUUAAGUCUGGCAGGGCGACACGAGGCAUUGGUCAAUGAAUAGUAAGUACCCUUUGCAUGACUCGCAAUUUUUUUUGCGGUUUUAUGGAUAAGGUACUUGUAUAUCAUACAGCUCUAAGGAACUGUUAUUUAUUAAAGAUUAUUGAUUGAGUUAUAUAAAUUAAAAUAAAAGAUUGUUGUACUUAA